UAUAGUUGCCAUCUCUAAAAUUUUCCCAAAAAAAAAUUAGAAGGGAGAGAGAAAAAGGCGAAGAAAUACAGAGGAGCUUUUUCUCUUGUCGUCUCUCUCAAAUGUCGACGAAACCCUAACUCCGUCUAUGCAACUCACUCUCUUCACACACACAGAGUUUCUCCUUCCGUUUAUAUGGAGUUUUGAGGUUCAUAAAUAUAUACAUAUACGUUUAUAUACGUAUUGGUUUCGGUUAAGGAGAGAGAUGUAUAGGAAUCGAGGUGGUUCAUCGAAGUCGGAGAUCGUCGGAGGACCGUUGGAUCGGAAGCGAAUCAACGAUGCGUUGGAUCAGCACUUGAAAAAAUCUGCACCUUCUACAUCUAGAGCUUUGAAGGAUAAGGCCGUUCCGUCUACCUCCGGCGGAAAACUGCAUCAUCAGCACCAGCAGCAUAUUGAUCACCGUGAUACUCGCUCUUCAUCUAGUCUCGCCACGAAGAACAAGUGCUCAGAUGAUGAAUCUGAAACAGACAGUGAAGAGUCUGAUGUUAGUGGUUCUGAUGGGGAAGAUACAUCAUGGAUUUCUUGGUUUUGUAACCUGCGUGGAAAUGAGUUCUUCUGUGAAGUAGAUGACGAAUACAUUCAAGAUGAUUUUAAUCUCUGUGGAUUGAGCAGUCAAGUGCCAUACUAUGACUAUGCACUUGACCUUAUCCUUGACGUUGAAUCCACUCAUGGUGAUACGUUCACCGAGGAACAAAAUGAAUUGGUUGAGUCGGCGGCAGAGAUGUUGUAUGGUUUGAUCCAUGUCCGGUACAUUUUGACUAGCAAAGGAAUGGCUGCAAUGUUGGAGAAGUACAAGAACUAUGACUUUGGGAGAUGUCCACGAGUUUAUUGCUGUGGACAGCCUUGCCUUCCACUUGGUCAGUCUGAUAUUCCACGUUUAAGUACAGUAAAAAUAUACUGUCCCAAAUGUGAGGAUAUCUAUUACCCCCGAUCAAAGUACCAAGGCAAUAUCGAUGGAGCUUAUUUUGGAACAACGUAUCCACACCUCUUUUUGAUGACUUAUGGACACCUCAAGCCACAAAAACCAACCCAAAAUUAUGUUCCCAGGGUAUUUGGUUUCAAGCUCCACAAAACUCGACAGUGAAGUCCAUUGUGAUAUCGUGAAGAUAUUACAUUUUUCUGCCACCAAUGGUUCUUACCUGGCAAUGAUGUACAACUCGUCGUGGUAGAGCACAGGUACGGGCAGGAGGAGUUCGAGAUAUGACAAACUUUGAUUCAUUGAUCAAGAAGAAAUUAUGGCCAAUCUGUCAAGUGAAAUUCAUCUUCAAAAUUUAAUCAUGAAAUACAAGAGCAUCUGUAAGCUUUAUUUGUUUUCAAGGUAGCUGGAGAAUUCUUUUGGUGCGAAUGCUACCAUUUCCAGCGGAGGCACUCAUCUGGAGUUUAGAGGUUUUUCUCCUUUUUGUAGGACCAUUUCCAGAUGCAAUGUCGCAUGGCAGUACGAAGUAUAUUCGAAUUUGAUAUAGUGAUGAUAAUAUAAUGAUGAUAAGAAAAAGAUAUAUAAUUGUGAUCGA